UCUUGAGCCGAUGAACAACCCUAAACAUUUAACACAAAGGAAUUACUAGUAGAGUUUUUGCCAAAAGAGAAACCACCAAAUUCCUGUCUCAUCUCCUAAAUUCCCUACCUCUUCUCUCUCACACAAUCACACUUGGGUGCUUUGUUGAACUUUUGAAUGAAAUGAACACUCUGAAACUCCAAUUCACCCAACUACACAUCCCUCAAAAACACCCUUCAAAUCUCACCCUAAUCCACCACUUUCCCAGCAUUUUACAUUUGGGUUCCUCAACUUUUUCAACAACAACAAAAACAAGAACAAGAACAAUUACUUGUGGUUUGAGAAAAAUAGGACCCAAAAAACCAUUAUGGAGGUCAAGCUUUCUUUCCACUGAAGCCAUUCAAGCUGUUCAUUCCCUUAAACUUGCCAAAUCUCCUGAUAAGUUGCAGCAUGUAAUUGAUACCAGACUUACUCGUUUAUUGAAGGCUGAUUUGUUGGAUACUUUGACUGAACUUCAGAGACAAAAUCACUUGGAUUUAGCUCUUCAGGUGUUCGACUUUGUGAAGAAGGAAUACAAACCAGAUCUCCCCCUAUACUACGACAUGAUUCUACUACUGGGAAAGAACAAGCUGAUUCAUAAGGCUGAAGAGCUUUUUGAUGAACUAAAGCAAGAGGGUUUACAACCUGAUGUAAGAGCAUAUACUGAAUUGAUCGGUGCUUAUUUCCAAGUAGACAUGGUGGAAAAAGCGGUGGAAACCUAUAAUGAGAUGAAAGCUUCUGGUUGUAUACCUGAUAAGCUAACAUUGAUGAUUAUGGUAAGAAAUCUGGAAAGAGCUGGUAAAGAAGAGCUAGCAGCAUCAGUAAAAAGAGACUUUGAAGAAUAUGUCGAUGAACCUGAAAAAUUUCUUGAAGAAGUAGAAAAAAAAUAUGGAAGAGAUCUUAGUAUUGUCUGAUUUCAUAUUAUGGUUUUUACAUGUGGUAGGACUGUGCAGAGACAGCAGACUUCGUAUAAUUUUAGCCUUAUAGAAGAAAGGAAAAUUUAAAGAUUAUCUAUAGUUGUCUGCAUUUGUGAGCUGUAAUAGUGUAAAUUUGUGUUAUCUUCAACUUCGGCUCCACUGAAGUCGCUCAUAUGUAGUAUAUUUCUGUUUCGGCAAAUUAUAUGUUUGCUGUGACGGACAUUUCUUUGAUGUUACCUUAAGAUGCAAGUGUUUUUCUGGAGAAA